GUUUAUCAGCCUCUGAUUUAGGCAGCCUCGUGACGAUGCUUUUCGCCUCCAUCUUUUUAACCCCUGCUUUUCUUGAAGCAGAUUUGCCAUUUGAGAGCGCUGGCAUCUAUUAUCUGAUAUUUGGAAUUCCACAUUUAGCUCUUACCCGAGUCAGCAGUUGCCUCACUUCCUUGAUUGCAGUCGACAGGUGCUUGAGUGUUAUAAGUCCUUUAAAG